AUGGAAAUGGAGAAUGAUGCAGUUGAUUCACAAAAUUCGGAGAAUGAUUUUGUAAUAUUUCAUGAUGGUGAUAAUUUCUCAACAGCUGAAGCCGAAACAACUAUGUUCAAUAGUAGUAGUUGUGAGGAAGGAAGCGGUGAAAGUGAAUACGAAGAAGAGGAAUCAUACAUCAUUCUCGACUUGGGAACAGAAGUUACAUUGGACAUGAUAACAACUAACGAUAGCUUAAAAAAUAUUUAUAAUCCAAGUACAUACCAUUUUACUUCGUUUGCUGCCUCAAAUUUCCCCGUACGACCACCCGACAAAAACAAUGGUGGCAGUGGAGAAGGUAGUAGCGGCACGCAGGUUGCUGUUGAUCCCUCAGCAGAAAAUGUAGCAAUAGACAAUGAAAGUGCCGAAAGCAAACAGACCGAAAAAGAAGAGAUAACCUAUUCCUUGAUCGGACUAGAUACUGAAAGUCCCAGGUUGCGCAUUGGAAACAUGCAUUUCAAAGGGGAAUAUGAUGAAUCUGUUGGAACUGAUCUGAUUUUCUUGCAAGAUCCCGAUCCUUCGAAUCCUCGACAACAGAUGCUCACAUAUAAUUGUCACACCACCAAAAAAAUCGUCUUUUCAAGAGUCUCGCUGCAGCCUAGCAGUAAAGCGAAGAAUCCAGAAGAAGUUGAUCGAUUGGAAGAUGAAUAUUUUAAGGGUGGUAGAAAUUAUUGGGAUGAUAUGUCAAGGUCGGAAGCCACAAGAAAAUAUUCACAUGAAGAGCCAUGGGUUAUCGAUCGAGAGGGUGAAAACGAUAGUCUAGAAAAUCCACCGGUUGACAAAGGAAAAGGAAAGGAGGUCGAUUUGAGCGAUAAUGAAUACCAAAGUAAUAGAAUGUUAAUAGACUAG